ACAUCUGUGUGCGAAAAGUAGCGAAUUUGAGCUUAAAUCCCGACAGCUUCUUGGGACCAUGUUCUGAAACACUUUUGUUGAAGUUACAGGAUUUUCUUAAUUAAUUGUGUUUUCUCGGUAAUAGUGACAGAUUAACAUUUCUACUUUAUAGACAGGAGAAACACUCUUGAGAACCUGGGUAAUCAUCUCUGUGGUCUUUGAAAGUAGUCGUGGUGAGACAGCAGUAUUUCAGAAUACAGACAUUGAUAAUACGGGGAGGGCUCUCGUGCCCCUACCAGAACUAUCAGGUCUCACUCACCCAGCUCGGGGGGUUAUUCAAUCGAUCAAUCAGAUGUCAGUCUUAGUCGUGUACCACUGAAGGAACAGGAAAUGUUUAAUACCAAAGAAUAUAAGAUACUCUACUUCUAUUUUUCAUUUGCCUGCUUGAACUUUGUAUUCCUGACACUGCCUGUCCUCGCCAAGCCUCAAGUGGUAGCAGUAGGGACAGUGGGGGAGGAAGGAGACACGGCGGACACAUGCCAGGAUCUGCGGCAGGAAUGCGCUGAGCUGGCAGAGGAGGGAGGCUGUGAGGGCAACGCAGAAUUCAUGGAAGUGUUCUGUCAACGGACGUGUGACACAUGUCGUCCUCGAUCCAAGGUGUCUGGCUGCGAGGACCAGCGCGAGGAGUGUGGAUUCUGGGGAGGCAGCGGACAGUGUGACUUCAAUCCCGCAUUUAUGAACAUCAACUGUCCUGCCACGUGUCGAGCCUGUUCCCCGCUGACACCCGAGGACUGCGUGGACCAACACAGAUACUGCUUCCUUGGGUCGCUGCUAGGACUGUGCCGCACCAACCCUUCCUUCUACCUGGUGUUCUGCGGGGACUCCUGCAGGAGGUUUAUUCCAAUCUGCAGAGCAGGGAGGAGCAGCACUGUGCCGGAGCUGUGUCUCUCCAGAGUUAGGGGUGAAGGUAUUCAGUGUGGGAAGAAACCUAAUAUCACGUCGAGUGCCAGAAAGAACAGGAGUCCUGUGCGGAAACGGCGAGAUGUGGUUGUGGGCCACCAGCCUCAUGGAAAAGACUCCUGCAGCACUCCGUCUCACAACAGUGCGGGCAGGGAAGCCUUCACGUUGUUUUUGUCAGAGUAUGGGGCAGGGGUGCAGGAUGAGAGAGACCCGAAGAUGGAGGUACAGUCCAUGACCUACGAUGAGGAAAAUCAAGAUGUUUUCUGGAAGGAUUCCGAGAUAUUGAGAGGAAAAAAGAGAAAGACAAAAUUGCUUCGUAUAAAAAGGCAGGGAGCAACGCUAAACGGUGAUACAUUUGAUUAUGAAUUUGAUCCAACAGGCGAAAACAUAAAUGGUGACAAUGGAACCUACGGAAACAACAACACUGAAAACAACACUGAAACGAACUUCUGUAUAAUGCCACUGAUCGGCACACACACUUCAGUGAACAUAUGUGCAGUUAUAAUACCACUUAUGCCGGUUAUAGCUAUAGGAAUCACAAACGCCGUAUUUACAGCUCUUUCCGCAAGCUCUGUCGCCCAACGGACCCCUUCGUCCAGGCCGCCAAUGAACCAGCCACCACAGCAACAGCCCAAUACCCCAUCACAGCAGCAGCCCACACCCCAGCAGCCCUCACUAUCCAUAGAUGUCAAGGUGCGCGCCCUGGUGCCCUUCUGUACCGCCUCGGGAUACCUCAGCCUGGUGCAAAGACUAAGAAGACUAAUCCGAGGCAACACAGGCCGGCCUCUCAACCCCAUCGCGGCUUCCCUCGCAGUAGCUGUAAAUUUCUGUCAGUACGGUGUGGGCAGGCGUAACCAGCGCGUGCCCGACCCACCGCAGCAGCUGCAGCAGCCGUCCGUGGCCCAGGUGUUCUUGACAGACUACGAAGCAAACGCGGCCCUCAACACCCCUCACCGCUGGCCCGGCAUUAGCUUCCCAGGGCUUAACCUGUAUCAAGGCGACCAGACACCACCUCCUCCCGUGUCACUUGAUGCUCCUGCCGGCACCACCCUCAACGACACGCAGGCGGAGGGUGAGGAGCCCGGCCCACGCCCCGUGACAGAGGACAACGUGAAUAACAGAGGGGCUUUCAGUUGUGGCGGCGCCUUGAUCUCUCCCUACCACGUGGUGACGGCAGCACAUUGUCUCCUGGAACCUGGGGUAACGGAUAACGGCACCGUCAAUUUUCUGAAGCCGUCUGUGGUGCGUCUGGGCGAGGUGGACUUCACACGAGCUGAUGAGAGCCAGGCUUUUGACUAUGAGGUGGACGGGGUUCAAGUGCACGAGGGGUACGCACUACCAGCCAAAUACAACGACAUAGCAAUCAUCACCCUCAAGUAUCCGGUACAGUUCACGGAGGCGUUACAGCCAUACUGCUUGCCGCGGGUGGGCGUAGACCUGGUGGGGCGCUCCUUGACUGUGUCGGGGUGGGGAGUGCGGCCAGGCGGUCAGGUUGCUACAAUACUACACAACAUCGAAGUGAGGGUGGUAUCUGAGGAGGAAUGCAGGGACGCCUAUGACGACGAAGACAUUAGUGCGUUCUUUGAGGUGCAGUACCCAGACGGCGUGAACAAGUUGCUGGUGUGUGCCACAAGUGAGGAGCCUGUCUGCAGGGGCGACUCUGGCGGGCCUUUAGUGCUUGACGCGGAGCAGAUCCAGUAUGAGGUGGGCGUGGUGAGCACUGGGUACGGGUGUGGCGCCUCGCAGUACCCGGGCAUCUAUACAAAUGUCAGCCAGUUCCUUACAUGGAUCAGGGAAGAAGUCUACGAUGGGUGUUCUGUAUUGACCUAA